CAAGAUAGAAAAGGAGAAAUCAAAUUCGCUAGAGAACCCUAAAAUAUUUCCAUUUUUCCAGUAGUUUCCGCAUUUUCAGCGCUCCCCCAACUUCCCAGUUACGCUGGAAAACGAAGGUAAGAAUUCCUUUUUCUUUCCUUUUCUCAUCCUCACUUUCCCGGAAAAUUCACCCCCAAACAAUUCCAUUUUGCUUAGCCGCCGCCUCUGUUAAACCUUCUGCUUCUUCAGUUCUUCCUCUCGGCUUGAUUGUUUCUCGGGAAAACUCAAUUUCCGUCAUAGAAGUAAUCAAUUCAAUCCAGCGUCAUCUUCGUUUUCUCUUCUCCGCGAUUUCGAUUUUUCUGAUUCUUUCGUUUUUUCAUUCCUUGGGGUUAAUUUUAGGGUUUGAUUGAUGGCGGAUACUGAUACUAAUGGUGCUACUACGACUGAGGAGGAUCGUGAGGUGGAGAUCUUUUCGACCCCCGACCACCGCGGCGACGGCGACGCCAAGUUGAAGCAGAAGAUUGAAGCGCUGGAGCUUCAGAACGGGUCGCUGGUUCAGGAGAACGAUGAAUUGAAGGACCAGGUCGCGAAGUUGCAAGCGGAGAUGGAAUCACUGAAAUCGGAGGAAUCGGAGAUGAUGCAGAGGCUGGAAGAGUUGGAGAACGAGCUUGAGCAGUCGGAAGAGACCAAAAACACGCUGGAUUCGAUAGCUGCUCGGGCUGGGGAUCUGGAGAUCGAGGUCUCGAGGCUCCAGCACGAUCUGAUUACGUCGAUGGGCCAAGGUGAGGAUUACGCUACCGAAGUUGCUGAACUGAAGAAGGUGCUCGGAGACAUGGAGGUGAAACUGGACGAGGCAAAGAAACAGAAGGCAGAGAACGAGAAGAGAGUGAGGGAAUUGGAGAGGAAAGUUGGGGUUCUUGAGGUGAAGGAAACCGAGGAGAAGAGUAAGAAGAUUAGGUUGGAAGAGGAGACCAGGGAUAGACUUGCUGAGAAGGAGAAGGAGCUGGUGAAGUACAAGAAGCGAGUGGAGGAGUUGGAGAACGAGUUGGCCAAGAAGGCCGAACUGGAAGAGAAGCUUAGGGUUUCAGAGAGCAGGACCAGGGAAGUAGAAAUGAGGAUGGUGGAGCUGCAGAAGGAGGCUGAAGAUGCCGAGAAAGUGAUUGUAGCGCUGAAACAGAAAGCUGUCGAAACCGUGAAUGGGUUCGAGACAGAUGGUAGAGAGGAUAAAGAAGAGUUUGUGGAGUGGCCAGCUUCGGCGGUGGUCAUUGGAUCAACAGGCGCUAUUGUUGUUGCUGCAGCUGCUGUGGCCUAUUUCAUCUACGCAAGGAGGCAGUGAUCAUCCAUUUUCUUGGAGGUUAGGUUUGUGGUAUCUCUGUUAAUUCAAGCUACUCUACUGAAAUGGGUAGAAAAAGCUAGCUUUACAGUUUUGUGCAUUGGUCUUUGGUUUCUAUGUGCUUGUUAGUAUAUUGGGUUGGAUGGCUACACUAGUUUGGUGUUUGCACUGCGAAGGGAUUUUGAUGGUCGCAAUCUUUAGCUUACUUGUUUUACUGUCCCUGUUGGGAGAACUGCAAAGAUUUUCCCAUGUAGUUUGAAGAAUUGAGAUUCUAGGGUUUGUUCGAUGCCCGUGCAGGUCAUCCUUGCCAUUCCUGUAUUAGAAGAUAGUUGAUAUUGUGAAGUAUUAUCUUCUGAAUAGUAACUCAGUGUUUCACCAUUGUUUUUGGCUUGGCUGGUGCUGUUGGAAGGAACCAAAUAAUGCAUUCAUUCCAUUUCCUUCUGUUCUUAUUAAUCGGAAUGUUGAACUUUUUGAGUUGUGGAAGUUUUCAUGUUGAAGGAUCAUGGUCAGUUUGAUGUUCAAGGAGUUGGAUAAUCGAUGAGUCGGUUUCGUUAGUAAUCGAUGUACUAGAAACGGAUAAAUGAUAUCGUUACAAUGAAAUUUCGAAUGCAUAGUCGAGGUAUUGCACAUUUCUUGUUCCCAGUGCAACUCUCGUGUUAGCUUACCUAUAGUUCCUUCCUUUAGCUGCUUCUGUCCAGUUGCAACUGAAGGACGUUUGUACCUCAUUGACACCGAUCUCAAACAAGGACACCAAAUGCUGCCUCAUUAAUCUUGGUGUCUCCAUUGCUCCCACUGCUCCAUUUUCGCCGCGUUCUCUCCCCUCGGAGCAGUGCGUUAAUCGAAGGUCGUGUAUCCGAGCUUCUUCAUCUCAAUAGUGUCAGAAAUCUCAUCUGCGUUCGAGGCCUAGAUGCUUAUACCAUCUCAAGCACUCCACUCAUGGACCUAGAGCCGAGCAAACUUGUGUUGUAUUGCUGUUGAUGUUGGAAGAUCCACGAUGAACGGAUGAAGGCAGAGUUUGGUUUGCUGCAUCUACUUUCCGUGUGUUUUAUACCCCGUCUGUUGGCCGGAAUGUUAAUUUGUGUUGAGCGAUUUUUAAUUGAGAAACCUGAGAAAAUAAUAAAGUUCGUUCAAACCUGGAAAAGAGUGGUUCGAUUGGAAUGACCAAUUUUCAGUACAUGAAUAAAAUGAUAUCCUUUUG